AUGUUCCUGUAUCAGCUGCUCAACUUUUUUUUUGCAGCCUCCAAAAAGGAGGAGGACUCCAAGUACGACCUGUCCCUGUAUAAGCGUGGAGACUUGCUGGAGGUGCCCCGGACAUUAUUUACACAUUUUGGUAUUUACCUGGGCAACAACCGGGUGGCUCAUCUCAUUCCAGACAUCCUGCCUGCCAUCACUAAAGACAAAUCUGCAAUAGCCAAGAUGGUGACAAACAACCGCCUAUUGAUGGGGGUCAUCACCAAGGUGGCCAGCGUCAGAGUGGACUCUGUGGUGGACUUUGCGUACGGCUCUGACAUUCUGAUCAAUCACAUGGACAAAGUGUGCAGCCAGCCUCCGCUGGAUGGGGAUGAGGUGGCACGAAGGGCUGAGAAGCUGCUGGGAUCCGUCACCUACAGCUUGCUGUGGUACAACUGUGAACAUUAUGUCAUGUACUGCAGAUACGGCAUGGCCAUCAGCUACCAGACAUACCAGUUCUGCACCACGGUACGUAAGAUCGUGUUCAGCAGGAUGAGCGCCUACCUGACGGCGCUGUGUGGCGUGAGCUUCAUGCUGUACCUGAGCUGCGUCACGCCGCUGACGGUCCUCCUCACAGCGCUCAUCUCCUUCACCAUCUGGAUGGCUUCAUAGGCUCAUCGUGUGAAACAGACUAUAAAUGAUGUCCAGCAAAAUCUAACUAAUAUGCAUCAGGAACUCCUGGUUAAAUGUUUUGGUUGUUAUUACAGGAGGGCUGGAGAUUUCUUCUAGAUUUGUUUGGACUUCAGUUGUUGUUUUUUUUUUAUUUUUAUUUUUUUUUAUUGUUUUGUACUGCCUGGAUAACAAUUUGCAAUAAGAAGUGGUACUGCUUUAACUGUAUUUUGAAUUGUAUGUGUAUUGUAUUCAUCUCAAAUGUUCACUCAGUUCUUUUAUUGGUUUCAGGUUGUAGAUUUUAGAUUUAUUUCCAUUAAAUAAAGUCAAACAACUUUA